UGUAGCAAGAACGGAAGAUCCCAUUGUGUCCCCAAACACGGGGGGUGGUCGUGCUACGAACACACAGCCUCCAGCCAGAGGAAGGCGAACCGUAGAAGAAUCACCCCCCUCCCCCUCAUUGUAUGAUCCUAGCCUGAGCGCAGGGGCUGCUGUGCUACAAAGUAUCUGCAAAGUAUCCUGAGCUGAGAUAGGAAGGGAAGGGACAGGUACCGCCUGAAUGGGGCCACUGGGACUCUGCUGAUUCCACCACAAGUUCAGGGCUGGUCUUCUGGAAACCGCCAGCGUCCGAACAUUUGGCUCCCGCUGCUGUCUCAGCCAAUGAUGAGGGAGAGUCCCGGGAAAGUCGAGGCUAUCACGAACAUCGCUGGAUUGGAGGGAGCUCAGGGUUAUCCUGCUGAUCAAAGAUGGCAACUACAUUACCGCGAACUCUAGGGGAACUUCAACUUUACAGGAUACUACAACGAGCAAACCUCUUGUCUUACUUUGAUGCCUUUAUACAGCAGGGGGGAGAUGAUGUCCAGCAGCUCUGUGAAGCAGGGGAAGACGAGUUUCUUGAGAUAAUGGCACUUGUUGGAAUGGCUAGCAAACCACUACAUGUUAGAAGACUACAGAAGGCCUUAAGAGAUUGGGUUACCAACCCUAGUCUCUUUAACCAGCCUUUAACAUCAUUACCUGUCAGCAGCAUUCCAAUUUACAAACUUCCAGAAACAUCAACUUCUUUGUUGGGACUUAACUCCAGCAGUUACGAAAGGAACAAUAAUACUAGAGAACCACAUCUGAAAAUUCCAAAGUGUGCAGCUACAACAUGUGUUCAAAGUGUGGGUUCCGGGAAAUCGGAAGGCAUGUGUAGUUCCCCGUUGCAGGUUAGCAGUGAAGCCAGGCACUGGCAAAGUCAUCAAACUACAGAGAGUGAACACAGCCUAUCUCCAGCUGAUCUUGGCUCUCCAGCGUCACCUAGAGACACAUCUGAGACCUUGGAUGCUGCUGCUGCUCUGUCUGUAUCUGAGUGUGUUGAGAGAAUGCUACCUUCAUUACCAAAAAAUGACUUGAAUGAGGUUAAAGAACUGUUAAAAAAUAACAAAAAGUUGGGAAAGAUGAUCGGGCAUAUCUUUGAAAUGACAGAUGAGGACCCUCGCAAAGAAGAAGAAAUACGAAAGUACAGCGCAAUUUAUGGCAGGUUUGACUCUAAAAGGAAAGAUGGGAAGCACUUAACGCUACAUGAGCUAACAGUGAAUGAAGCUGCUGCUCAACUUUGCAUGAAGGAUCUCGCUUUGCUGACUAGAAGAGAUGAACUUUUCACACUGGCAAGACAAAUUUCCCGGGAAGUAACAUACAAAUACACAUACAGAACUACAAAGUCCAAAUAUGAAGAUAGAGACGAACUAUCGCCUAAGAGGAUUAAAACUGAGGACAGCUUUGCAGAUCAUCAGGAAACUCUUGCAGCACUUCAUCAGCAAAUGAAAGCACUAAAAGAACAACUUACAUUGGCCAAAGCUAACGGAGAAGAAUCCUCAGUUCACACAUUACAGAUUCAAAUGGAAAAAGUCAUGGCAGCCCAGAUGAAGAUUUUUCGUAACUCAGGGUGUGAGAUCGUGCUAAAUCCACAGAAAGGCCUUUUCAGACAGAAUUCGGAAGAUACCAGUCCCAGUCAUAUGUUUUCAGACAGUUCUGAUGGACAAGGUGAGAAGCCACUGAACCUCAGAGUGUCACAAGAUCAGCAAAUAUUGUCAGAUGAACAGAACAUGGGAAAGCAGCCCUGUAAUGAACAUUACAAUCUCUCCUCUGAGAUAAACUCUCAGGCUUCAAAUAUGAUGCUGAGGGAUUAUUCACAAGCAGCCUUAAGCAGCAUAGAAAAAAGAAUCAUCAAACUUGAGCCAAACGAUGGAAUAUAAAGUCAGCUGACUGGAAGAUUACUACAGAAACAAACAAGCCUUAAACAUUUGACCAUUGUUGCCUCAGCAAUAUAUUAGUGAAUUUCAAGCCAAAGCUUACUGACUGAUAUAACUGGUAAAAAAAAGAAAACUUGUAAUGAAAUGGGACUGAAAACAGAGAAAGGAUUCACAUUCCUGUCAAACUCACUAUAUGGCACCGCCCGCUAAUUAAUAAAGGGGGCUUGCAAUAUUUUAGAAUGUAAAAUGAUCUUAAUUUUAUUUUUUAGGUAUAAAAUAGUUUUAGUAAUACAGUGUUAGAACAUGUAUUUUAUUUAAUAUAUGUGAAUACGCUUCAUUUUACUUGAAAGUGUAGUGUUGUAUUUAUUAUAUUCUUCUACGUAUCACUGGAUAAACAGAGAUAAAAACGGUACAACACUAAUCCUGCAAUAAAACAACGGAGAGUGAGUGGAUAUCCUGGCACAUGCAGCUAUUACAAUGUAAUGGGCACAGGCUGUGGGAUAUACAGUAUGUUAUCACCUGUAGAAAGUAACAUAAAAUACAAUUACAGUAUGA